UCACAGUGAGACGGGUGUCCGGUGUUUUGGGGUGUUCGUUCGCCGACGUUCGAUGCGUCGUCCACCGAACGUCUUGAUGUGUUUGAUUGGAAGAUCAUGGAGCCCGCGCAGUCUGGCUCAAGGUGACUCUUGCCUAGGCCGGUCGCCAUGACGAUGUGUAUGCCAUACAUGCGCGGGCCAACUCCGCUGUCCCGAUAUGCAAGGUCACUGGGGGUGCAGGAGGCUGCAGUGGAGGCACAGCCGUUGCUACUGUUUCCGAUGUACACAGUUCCCCUAGAGGCAUUGAUGCAAAUGUCUCAAGUGGUACCACACGAAGAACUGAAGGAGAAAGGCAUACUGGUGGAGUUUGACCCAAGCAUGGGACACGCCGCUUUUGUGUCGCACCAGUGGGUAGAUAGUCAACAUCCCGAUCCGGAGUUCAAACAGAUGCGAGUCUUGCAGGAUGCUCUCAAGCAUGCAAUGUCGAGCGUGGAGAUAUCUCUUGAUGUGGUAACAGCAACUGUGAUGCCAAGCGCCAAGAGUCUUCCCACUUCCAAACUUUGCUCCCAACCCUUGUUUCUGUGGUAUGACUACUUCUCAUGUCCUCAGCUGGAGAAUCAAGCAGGAGGAGAAAGCCGCCCGUGUUUGUCCAAAGCCAUUGAUUCCAUCCCGGCCUACAUCACCAAAUGUUCCUUCUUUUUUGCGCUCUGCCCCGUCUUGGAAAAUCCCAGUGGGAGCCGCUUGCUGACCCCUGCGACCUGGGCAGAACGUGGAUGGUGUCGAGUGGAACGGGCGGUCCAUGAACUUGGCCCCUGUGAGUCGUGGAUCUUGAUCCGAAGCUCCAUCGAGCUGGAGCUGGUCGUCAUCCCGGCUGUAAGCCCUGUGGGCUGCUUGGGAGGUCGUCCCCCUGCUGAGGGUCAGUUCAGUGUGGCUUCAGACCGAAGAAAACUGCAGCCACUGCUGGAAGAGGCCUUGAAGCGAAAGCUGCUGUUGCUCUUGAAGGCGCAGGAUUUCGUCAACUACCGCCUUUUGCUGAACCUGCAGGGGAUCCAUUUGCGUGGCUUUCCUUUUCCAAGGCACUUGGAACCAAUCCCAGGAUUUCAGGCAGAGGACCAUGCGAAUGUCCCAGACCGCAGUGCUUCAGUGCUGGUGGCCCAGUUUUUAUAUCAGAAUGGUUUCAGCAGCGUCAAUGAGACAGACCAGGCAGGCUGGUCACCCUUACACUAUGGGGCAUUGCGUGGGGACGUCUCCUUAAUCCAAGGCUUGCUGAUGAAGAGGGCUGAUCCGAACCGCCUCACCAAGCAAGACCAGCCCAGCGUGGGGCUGCCACCCUUCAGCUCCGCAUUGACCAUCUCGGUGUGCUUCAAACACAACGCGGCGGCUCGUGUGCUGAUCUCAGCCAAAGCCCAGAUCGAGGGCGGCUUGCUUAAGCCGAUGGAGUUUGCUGCUGCGGGCGAUAACCCGGAAGGCGUGCAGCUCCUGCACGAGGCCGGCGGCCAGUUGCACGUGCGGAGUGUGAUGGGCUUCACCGCGCUGGAGAUCGCCAGCUGCCGCGGGGCAGCGUCGGCCAUGCUGGAGAUCGUUCGACUGGCGAAGGCCGAACAGCUGGACUUCUCAGGUGCUUUGUGGUGCGCUUUGGCUUUGAAGGCUGAGGGAGGCACGGCCAGCAUUGUCGGGUGGCUGCUGGAGCACCGGGCCGAUGUGAACCAAUCACGGAAUCCUUGGCAUUCCUCGCUCUAUGGUGCCUUGGCGUGCACCAAAGCUCUUCAGCAUCGCUUUGGCCAACAGAGCAAGGCCACCCGGCAGUUUUAUCACAUGUGGGGCGCCACGCCUUUAGUGAUGGCCAUGCUGGAGUCGCAGUAUGAAGGUGCUGCGACCCUCAUUGCGGCAGGGGCCAAAUUGGAGCUUUGCAAUUCUCGGGGCUGGUCAGCGGCGGACUUCAUUCGGGAGCAGUCGGUUCCAGACUUUUUGCUGCAGGCGCUGGCCGGGAACCUCGAGGAAUGCAAGAGAGUCUCUACAGUGGCUCAAAGUCGGGGCUAUGCUGAGAAGUUUUGUUGAUGGGAAGGUAGCUCGCUGGUCUCCUUAAGAAAGGUGAGAAAACGAUUCCUUCACAUCAUGCCUCGAAUUCGUUCAACGUUGGAAAGUCUGGUUGCGGGUCUCACCAAGAAGGUGUAUGCAUCCAGGCCCUGUUUUGUUUGUUCCAGAGAACCAGGCAAAGCCUCUUGGGCUUUGUCAAGGGUUCACUUGUUUCGCGAGC